AAGCCAACUGCUGCAUACAGGCUUCUAGUACUGAGAGGGUUUAGUCCACUCCGCUGGCGUAGAGCGGGUGGGCAGACUUCACAAACCUUCGAUAUACUAUGAAGAAUUCUCAGAUAAACAUUGAUAACGCAACUAUAUAAGUAGUGGAUACGUCUGAAGUACGUUUUUGUCAAGAUGGUUCAAGUGACAGUGAGGGAGGGCGUACUGGAGGGAGAGAUCCUGGAAAGUGAGCUCGGAGGGAGUUACUGCAGCUUCAAAGGAAUACCGUACGCCGAACCGCCUGUUGGAGAUUUGAGAUUCAAGGCACCGCAACCCAAAACAUGGGAAGGAGUUCUCAGUGCCAAGCAGUUUGGAAAUCCAUGCUACCAAGUCAAUUUCACGGUUGGGCCAGAGCCAUUUGGAAGCGAAGAUUGUCUCUACCUUAAUGUCUACACUCCAAAUAUCAAGCCCGCAAAGCCUUUACCAGUCAUGUUCUGGAUUCAUGGGGGAGGCUUCGUCUGGGGCAGCGGGAGUGAUGAUUUAUACGGCCCAGAGUAUUUGAUCAGGCACGAUGUUAUCCUUGUUACCUUUAAUUAUAGACUUGAGGUCUUAGGAUAUCUUAGCCUUGACACAGAAGAUAUACCUGGAAAUGCGGGCAUGAAGGACCAAGUAGCUGCUUUGAGGUGGGUCAAAAAAAACAUUAGUAGUUUUGGUGGUGACCCUGAGAAUAUAACAAUAUUUGGAGAAAGCGCGGGAGCGGCGAGCGUCAGCUUUCAUUUAAUAUCGCCAAUGACUAAGGGGCUGUUCAAAAGAGCUAUUAUCCAAAGUGGAGCGGCUACUAAUUGGUGGUCUCAUCCAGUCGAACCAAGAGAACGAGCUUUAAUACUAGCGAGACAACUCGGCUGUCAGUCAGAUGGAGACAAAGCUUUGUAUGAGUUUUUCAAUAACCAACCAUUAAAAAAGCUCAUUAAUAUAAAAGCACCAGUGUCGAAGAUUGAUAAGGAAUACGAGCUCAGCUUCGGCGUGGUUGACGAGAAGCAAUUCGGCAAUAAUGAGAGGUUUUUCUACGGCGAUGUUGUAGACGCUUUAAAAAACAAGAUGCAUGACGUAGAAGUCGUAAUUGGUUACACAGAUGAUGAAGGACUAAUGGUAGUGGUGAGUCCAGAAAAUUCUGUGGAGAAAUUAUUGGCAAAUGCGAACAAGUACCUCGACACGUUCGUGCCUAAGCCGAUUUCUAUCCGCUGUAGCUUAAAAGACCAGUUCGAAGUAGCGCGCAAGCUGAAGAAAUUCUACGUAAAGAACCCAAUAGUUACUGAGGAAGACCGUGAUGCUAUGUUUAAAUGUAUGGGGUUUGACAUGUUCUUACAAGGAAUAGUCUUGCAGGCGAAGAUCUGUGCGAAGAACAAAAAGAAAACUUAUUUAUACAAAUUCACUUGCAAAACAGAAAGGAAUUUCCUAGCCCACAUGCUUGGUCUCGGUAAAGUCGUUGGAGACAAGCCCGUGACUUGUCAUGCUGACGAUCUUCCGUAUCUGUUUCCCUGCAAAGCUAUACCUUCCAAGUUAGACAAAGAUUCUCCUGUCCACGAAAUAAUUAAAAGAGUUACGACUUUGUGGACCAACUUUGCUAAAUAUGGAAACCCAACACCGGACGACUCUCUAGGCGUAAAAUGGUCUCCUUACACUAUCGAAAAACAAAACUAUCUUGAUAUUGGUAACCAGUUAGUGGAAGGCGUUAACCCAGAUAAAGAAGAUAUAGAUUUGUGGGAAGAUGUGUUCAAACAAUACCUACCGGAAUGGACUCCCUAAUUUUAACUAUUUAGGUUUAAUGGAAUAAAAUUAUAUUACCUGAAGGUAUACCAUGUUAUUAUAAACCAUGUUAGAUCCUACGCCUCAAAGGAUAAGUAGAAAGAUAAACUGUACACUCGGACUUCUACACAAAGUGGUGAAACAUUCCAAACCAUUUGUUCAAGCUAGGAGCAUACUUCACGAGAACUACUUAUUUCAUUUUAUGUGUGACAAACAACAGUACAUACUUUGUGAAACAAUGUCUCUACUAACUCUAACAAUUACAAACAGUUAAAGCAAGCAAUACAUAUCAGACCACUACUAAAUACAACCGA